CCAUCUUCCUAACAUUCUUCAUGGACCCCCUGCAGUACUCCCCUCCUUUCCCUCUAUUUAUACCCCCCCUCUCCCUCCACUCUCUUCAUACCCUACCAGUCAUCCAAACCAUCUAUUUUUCUCUCUUCUUCAUCCAUCUUUCUUGCUUCUUCAAUGGCCACUGUUGAGGUUGUAUUAGCCAAAUCGGCGCUUUCGGAGGAGACCAAGGAAGAGACAAUCAUCAAGGAGGAGGAGGGGUCGACAGCAACCACAGAAGAGCAAGUGGCAGCACCGCCGCCGUCGGAGCCUGCGGCGGAGGAGGCAGCAGGCGAGAAGGCUGAGGCGGCGGAGGAGGUAGAUGCUGCUGCCGAACCUGAAGCCCCAGCUGUGGAAGCUGAGACUGAGGUGAAGACGGAGGUGGAAGAAGAGAAGGUGGAGGUGACCGAGGAGGUGGUGGUUGCUGAGGAGAAGAAGGAAGAGGUGGAUGCUCCGAAGGCGGCGGCGGAGGAAGUAGCUGAGGAGGCUACCGAGGCACCGCCGGCCGCCGCAGAGACAGAGCCGGAAACAGCCCCUGAGGGACCGAAAGAUGAAGUCGCCGGCGGGGAGGAGGAAAAGCCAGUGGAAGGUGCAGCUGAGAAGACUGAUGAAUGAAGAGCUUAAUUAAUUAGUGAUCAAAUUAAGAUUUUAAUUUUCUGGGUGUGGAGUUGAUUAUGUUGAUGCAGUGGAGUUUCUUCUACUAUGAUGGCUGUGUGUUGAUGCAUGAUGAUGGGUUUGGCUAUGAUCUUCCAUAAUAAUAUACUUUGUGUCCACUUUUCAA